CUGUCUCACGAGCAGAUCUUGAUCUACCGGUAAAGCAGCACAUGGCUGCCGCAACGAGGAUUCCAGUCCAUUCAUUAUAAUUUUGUAGUGGUCGUAAGGGUAAAAGGUCAAUUAAACAUGUCGUUGGCUUUCGGAUUGUGCGAAACUCCAGGGUGCAAGGUGGUUGCUAGCCUCCAGUGUCCAACAUGUCUGAAAAUUGGAAUUCAGGGCUCUUAUUUCUGCAGCCAGGAUUGCUUCAAAGGAAGUUGGAAGACCCACAAAGUUAUUCACGACAUUGCAAAGGGAGACUCGGGUAAGAAAUCAUCAUCAGGUGAAUACAAUCCCUGGCCGUCGUAUCAUUACACUGGUAAAUUGCGUCCGUAUCCAAGGCCCCAGAAACGAGAAGUGCCAAAAGAAAUAAUGCGUCCGGACUAUGCCGACCAUCCAGAGGGGCUACCCCUCAGUGAACAGGCUGUGCGUGGCUCGGCGCAGAUAAAGAUUCUUGACGAAGAGGAGAUCGAGGGAAUGAGAAUUGCGUGCAAAUUGGGACGAGAGGUGUUGGAUGAAGCAGCCAAGGCUUGCGAUGUCGGUGUCACGACAGCUGAACUCGAUAGGAUUGUUCAUGAAGCCUGCCUUGAGAGAGACUGCUAUCCAUCACCGUUCAAUUAUCACCAAUUCCCUGCGAGUUGUUGCACGUCUGUUAAUGAAGUUAUUUGUCAUGGAAUACCCGAUAACAGGCCGUUGGAAGAUGGCGAUCUCUGUAAUGUUGACGUGACCGUCUACCAUAAUGGUUUUCACGGUGACUUGAAUGAGACGUUUUUCGUUGGUAACGUGAAGCCAGAAAUAAAGAAACUAGUCCAAGUGACCUACGAGUGCCUCUCGAAGGCUAUUGACAUCGUCAGACCUGGGGAGAAGUACAAGGAAAUUGGGAAUAUCAUUCAGAAGCAUGCACAGGCGCAUGGCUUCAGUGUUGUGAGGAGUUACUGUGGCCAUGGAAUACAUAGAUUGUUCCACACUGCCCCGAGUGUUCCUCAUUAUGCCAAAAAUAAAGCAGUUGGUGUAAUGAAAGCAGGGCAUUGCUUUACUAUCGAGCCAAUGAUCUCCCAAGGCACCUGGCGAGAUGAAACGUGGCCAGAUAGUUGGACAGCAGUGACAGCUGAUGGUCAAUGGUCAGCCCAAUUCGAGCAGACUCUCCUUGUCACUGAAACUGGCUGUGACAUUCUCACAAAACGACGCACCAAUGACGGCCGUCCGUGGUUCAUGGACCGUUCCUAGUGAUUUUUAUGAGGCAUCAAUAUUUUCCAAGGCUGGGGAUCCCAUUAAUGAGGUGGAUUAUUCAAUAUUUGAGCGAAUGACGUUACGUGACAGUUAACAUUUUUAAUGAUCUCGUUGCACGGACGAACAUUAUGUGCUAACUAUCCGUUUACAUCAAGUAGUUGGAAUACUGAAUGAUUUCCCACUAUGUCAUAAGCAGCACUAUUAUUUGCCAUCCCCUGGAAAUAAAUCGCCUUUUUGAUAUGAUGAACUAAAAAUCAUGAUGAAUAAACACAUGAAUCUCUCAGCAAUUACGAAGAUCGGAUGUGUGCCUUUUAGCAUACGUUAUCUUCGAUCCUUCCUUCACUUAUUAAUGAAAUUCAUGUAAAUAUAAUGCCCCACAAUUUGUUCAAAUGACCAUUUACUCGAAUAAAUUUUGAUUUAAUCAA